CACCUGUGCUGUUUGUGAGCGGACGAGCGGACGGCGGCGAGAGGAAGUGUGUGUUGGGGGGAAGGAAAUUGUGGAGGGAAUAAGAAGGAAAAGAGAAUUAAAGCGUUUCAGUCAUUACGGGAAAAAAUUAAAGAAAAUACAAUCAGAAAAGAGAAAGAGGAAACAGUGAAAAAAAGUGGAAUGAAAUAAAAAAAAAAUAAACUAAGAUGAUGAUAAAGUUAAGUGAAAAAGAAAAUUAUGAUAAAGACGAAAUGAUGGAAAAGAUGGAAAAUACGAUAAAGGACAAUGGUAUAAGGAGAAGGGAAGGAAUAAUCGCGAAAAAUAAUAAGAGAAGAAGGAAGAGGAAAAAGAAGAAGAGAGGACGUUGAGAGGAAAUAAACAAGACACGAAAGAAAUGAAUGAAAAAAAUAAAGAAUCCCAAGAAAGAAGGGAAAGAGGAAGAGGAGGAAGAAUAAGAAGACAUUGAGAAAGAAAGAACAGGCAAAAGAAAGAAGGAAUAAUCGUGAAUAAUGGGAGAACGAAGAAGAGGAAGAGAGGACAUUGAGAAACAAAUAACAUGAACGAAAGAAGGAAAUGGAUGAAAAACAGAAUCCAUAAGAAAAAAGAGAAAGAGGAAGAAGAAGAGGACGUCGAGAAAGAAAGAACAGAAAUUAGAAGCAGGAAACAGAUGAAAAAGAAACCCUAUAAUAUCUCGCCAUGACAAAAGGAGGAAAGAAAAAAAAAAGUAAAAUAACCCCAUUGAGGCGGAAAUUACAGGACCCAAGGAUGAAAGUCGAGAAGCCACAGAUGUUUACGAGUGAAGGCGUAAUAUCGUAAUGGCCCUCACAAGAACACGACCAAGGCAUCAGGAAUUAUUAAAGUCGUAAGGAAUAAGGGAGAUCAGAAAAGAAAUAUGCAAGAGAGAAGAUACAUGGAAAAGAGUAAAAAUAAUAGGUAAUACAGAAAGAAUAUGAAUGAGAAUGAUAUAUUGCUCUUUGGUGGCCCGGAAUAUAUUGAGAUUGAGAUAGACAGACGGACAGAGACAGAGAUUGAGACAGACACAGACGGAGGGAUAAAGACAGAUAGACAGACACAUAGAGAUUGAGAUUGAGACAUAGGCAAACAGAGACAGAUAGACAGAAAGACAGACAGACACACAGAGAUUGAGAGAUUGAGACAUUGAGACACAGACAGACAGACAGAUUGAGAGACAGACAGACAGACACCACCAACACCCAACACCCACCCACAACCUCCGCCCCCACACCACACCCAACCCCAACACCGCCACCCCCAACACCCACGACCGCCCCGCCCCGACAGCAUCCCCACAUCCGCCCGCCCCCAACACCCCCGACAACAUCCCAACACCCGCCCGCCCCCGUUCAAAGGGCGCGGGCGUUCCCAUACGAGAGAGCGAGGCCGAGGAGGAGGUCCCCCAGCAUCGUGACGUCAUCUCGCAGUCAAAACAUUAAAGAUGGCGAACAUGGCGAGUGGUGGAGUGUACCAGCAAAUGGUGGUGCCCGCGUCCUACCACUUCCCCCAACCACAGCAGCAGCCACAGGAACCAGAGCCCAAGAAGGAGCCCAAAAAGAGGAAAAAGCCCGCGGAAAAGUCCAAUGGCGAGAAGAAGAAGCCUCGGAUCAUUGGACAGAGCGCGUACAUGGCUGGGCUGAGGCUGGAGGCUGGAGACGGAGGCGGGGAGUGCUCGAGGUGCAACAAGAAGAAGUGUUUCAAGCAUGUGGACGGGAAGAACAAGAAUCAGCUGUCGAAGAAGACCCCCGAGGACACGGUGCUGCAGAUGAAGAAGCACAUGCUGCGCCUCCUCUCCACGCAGGACUACCUCCUCUUCUGCAAGACGGACCAGAAGAACGGUCAGCUGGACGUUGACAUAUCCAAGAUGCACCGCUCGUACCUAGAGGAACAUGAACCACAGGCCUUUGAACCUGCCACCGACCCCAACAAGGAGUACAAGCCCAAGGUGAAGCAGUGGCUGUACAGGAAGAUCUACUUGGAUGAGUUCAAGAGCUUCGAGUACGCUGAGGGCAAGAGGAAGAUUGGCGACCUACGGCGGAGCAUAGAGAGUGUCAUGAUCCAGAAAAAGAAGAAAGCGCCCAAACCCAAGCCACCCGCCCCCUCCCCUCAACACCAGGUAUUGCCACAGGACUACAGCAUGAACAGCCACAGCCCCAACACACCCGCCGGCCCCACAGACAUGAGCAGAACGGCCGCGACGAUGUCCGUCCCGCCCGGCACCAUCAUCGCGGCCUCCCCCCACACCCCGGCCAGCACCGCCACCGGGGGCUACCAGCCCAACCUGAUGAACCUUGGCGUGGAGACCACCACCACGCCCGUGUCCUCCAUGGCGGCCAUGGGCGCCACCUCCACGCUGCACAACUCCCUGGCCACCUACAUGACCCAGCAGGUGCAGCCCAACCUGCUGUUUGGCCUGGGCCAGCAGCAGCAGCCACCCCCUGCCCAGCAGCAGCCCCUCAACCUGCAGACCUCCCACCAGGGGCAGCCCACCAUGCAGGCGCCGCCCCACCAGACCCCAGGGACUGCCGCGCCCCCCACGGCAGCACCCCCCUUGCCCCUCAACCUGCACAACCACCCCUACUACGUGUCCCUGGGGCCCAUGCUGCCCCUGCCCAUGUCCACACCACAGCAUAACCACCAGCAGCAGUUCCAGCAAAACAUGCUGCAGCAACAGCAGGGCAUUCCUGGCGGGUUCAACCAACACACCAUGUACCAGUGAGGCAGGGCGGCCCCUGGCCCCACCACCCACUACCACCCGUCCCCUGGCCCAGCGCAGCACCACCAACACCACCACCACCAGCAACAACACCAGCAGCAGCAGCAGCAGCACCAGUACUGUCCACACGGCCGCUACCACCACACCUACACCGCCGCCGCCGCCGCCGUCCCUGCCAACACCGGCGUCCCGGCGAGACAGGUCAGCUUCCCCCCAGCCUACACCCCCACCCCCGCCUCCUCCCAGCCCCAGCACUGUUACCCCCCUGAUGCCAUGCCCCCAGGGGCCUCCCCUCAGAGCUUUGCCUACGUGCCGGCCCCCCAGCAGGGCCAGCCGGCCUACCACAGUGUCCACAGCAGUGCCUCCCCCCAUGCCCCUGCCACCC